GCAUUCCAUUUGCAAGGUUUGCGACUCAGACUACAUCUUCGUGUACUCACAACUCGUGUGAGACUCGCUCGAAAUUCUCACUCGAAACAUUUCCACUUCUCUCCUCGCAUUCAUAACGUGGAAGCGCAAGUUCGGAUCUCGUCUCAUUAAGCCCCUUACAUUGGUCUCCCUGCACGCAAGUCUCGCCUCUUCGCUCUUGACACCUACGCAUCUUCGUCGCAAGCUGCUGUCAACAUCAUUCCCAGCAUUCCAAUUCCCGCACUCAUCAUGACGUCCCACGCAAGCCUCGACUAUCCUUUCGAUGCACCUGGCUCCACCUUUCGAGAGCAGAUGCGGGAUCUGCCAUACCCCGCAUAUCCCUUCGAAGGUCAUGCGCUCCUCUCUCGAAUCUUUACCCCCGCCUUCUACUCUUUCUCCCUCUCCCCCAUUCCCGUCUUGCUCUUCAGCCUGGCCUACUACCUCACCUCUCACACCGCCAACCAUCUGCACUCGGCCCCGCCUACCGACUGGACAAAACCCACUGCAGCUGCAAAGAACGGAGGAGGAGGAGGGGGAGGACAUUUGAGAGCAAAAUUACUUAGAUGGAUCAUCUUGGCUCAUAAUGCUCUGCUCGCAAUCUACUCGGCCGCUACGUUUUUCCUCAUGGCACCUCCCGUCUUGGACCUCUUCUUCCAGGGUUGGAGGGCAGCUGGAAGCGAAGGCUUGACAUUGGCUCUCUGCUCCAUGCCAACCAAUGAUCCCUACCUUGGCCGCUGGGCGUACAUUUUCUACCUAUCAAAGUACUACGAAGUGAUAGACUCGCUUAUCUUGUAUCUCAAGGGAAAACAGAUCGGACAUUUGCAGAGCUAUCAUCAUGCGGGAGCGCUCAUUUGCAUGUGGAUUGCUGUCCGCUACCAAAGCCAGCCGGUCUGGGUGUUUUGCGUCUUCAACUCCUUUGUGCACACCUUUAUGUACUCUUACUACUUUUGCAGCGCCAUGAGGUGGCCUUUUCCUCGCGCCCUCAAGAGGAAUCUCACCACCAUGCAGAUUCUGCAGAUUGCCAGCGGAACGCUCUUGACAAACGUCUACCUGCUCGUCCGCGUCCAGCCCGCCCGAGUGCUCACAGCCUUGACGAGAUCUCAAGUCUCUACUCUGCUGCCAGCAAGCAUCUUCGCAGCAAGGCAUCCAGCUCCUUCGCAAUUUUUCUCCGGUCUGGUCAGGAGCGAUCCGGGCAGCUUGUCCACCUCUGCUGAGAAGGCGAUGCUGCUCGGUCAUUACGCCGCCCAGAGGGCCCUCACAAGAAGCUCCGAGAGCUGUCUGCAAAGCAAGGGUGCCGAGAUGGCACUGCACGUCAACACGAUGUACAUGACCGUGAGUGCUCGCGCAAGCAAGCUACGGAUCCCCGUGCAGCAUAAUUGCCUCCUCUGCCUCGCCCUUUUUGAGGUUCUACUUUGGCUGACGGGCCUUCUCGCUGUCCCACACCUUUACCCCUCACAGCCCCUGCUCAUGCUCUUCGCCCACUUCUUCAUGCGCAGCUACCUCAAGCCCAAACCCAGAGAGAAUGGUAUCGUCAGCGGCAAAGCAGUGACAAGGGCUGGCGAAGCAGGUCAGAAAGCGGCGAGGCAGAUCGAGCGGAGCGAUGUACCCUCUAAGUAGCUCUGUUGCUGCUCGCGGACGAUCGGAAUGCGACUCUUGGGCACUGCCAUUUGCACCCUGCGUAACGACUUCGUCAAAGUCGAUACCUGAUCCGAAGUCUUGGCUUUUUUCUGCUCAGCCAUCUCUGCCGACUAUCCUCAUCCUGCCAAAAUGUACCAAAUGUACCACUGAAAUGCUCGCU